AUGUUUAUAUGUAAUAUUAUAUUGAUUGACCAUUCUUAGUACUAAAAGUAAAUUCCAGAUGAAUAGAGAGUAAUGAAAGAUAAACUUAACCAAGUCUAUUAAGAAUUGCUGCUCAAUCAUCAUUAGUCUGAAAACUAAUCACACCUAUUGAACCUCAUUAAUGCACUUCUUGAAAACAUUAAAAACCCAGCAUUGCUAGGGUCUUUGUGGAAGGCUACACUCAAGACUCUAAUUAAGAUCCUAGGGUACUAAGAGGUUGUUGAUAAGUUGAUUAAGGCUCCAGAAUUCGAUACUUAAUAGCUGAUCAAUACACUUAUGACUGCUUAAUUUGAAACCAUUGAUGUCUAAGAGGAAGAAUAAAUGCUAAUACUUAUUCAAAAGGCAUUUUUGAGAAUCGUGAUAUCUCUUCAAAUGAGUGAAGACUACUAAUACAAGAUUUUCAAAUACUUCAUGAAGAUUCUUAAGAAAAAGAGCAUUGAGGAUUCUGAUUAAACUUACUCUAUGCAAUUCGCUGAUGUAACAAAAAAGAAUUUACAUAAAGUUUUGUAUCACUUCAUGGCCGAAGAUGAGGAGCAUCAGGUCAAGUACAAAGUAAUGAACUAUUAUUUUGCAAAAAUCAAGAAAACUUUGACAAAAAUACAAUAAAAGCCUAUUUCAGGUGGAAAUAAGCUUAGAGAGUAUGCUUGCUUUUCUAUCAAGACUUUGGAGGAUUGCUUGAAUAGAAUUAGCACUUAAGAGGAGCUUACCAAUAUAAUCGUAACGCUGAAAGACAAGAUAAUAGAGACUCUUUGUAUCUGUGGAGAAUUUGAUGAUAUUAUGAUUAGAAAUUAGGCCUAGUAAGCAUUUACUUUAGUGUUAAAAGUCAUUGUUGAAAACAAAAUUCCUUUGAGAGAGGAGCUAGAACUACUUCUUAUAAAAGUAGCUCUGAAGCCAUGUAUAUAGUUGGCCAAAAAGUUAGUUCCUAAUGAUCUCACUAGAAGUAGUUCUGCUACUAGCGAAAGUAAACCCAUAAAAGAAAAUUGCUCUGAUGAUGAAAAUGAAGACUUCAUUUAGAUAAACCCUGAGAGAUCUGUUUAAGAUGAUCUUUUACUUGAAAUGAAUGUGAACUUUUUGAUUGAAACAAUACUUCUUCUUAGACCUGAGUAAAUAGCUUCACUAUACCUCAUGUAUGAUUGCCAACCAUUCAGCGAAAACUUCAUAACUAAAUCACUCUUGAUGAUCUUUAAGGUAGCCUAGAAAGAUUCCGCUAAAUAUUUGAGCUUCUAUCAAUUGCUAGUUAAAAAGUUGUCCUAGCUUAAAAUUAAUCCUUAAUUAGUUGGAGAUCUAUAAAACUCUGGUCCUUAAUCAAUAAGCUUUAUGCUUGAAUAAAAAUCUACAGUUAAGAAACUUGUGAAAGAUGCCAAUCUUAAAUUUAAGCUAUUUAUGUAGAAAACAGAAGAAAUGUAUGCAUAUGCUGAUGACUAAGUUUAAGCAGAGGUGCAAUCUAAAAUUUUGCUUUUCUCAAGAGAAAUUUUAAUUGAAAAAGUAGCUGAGAUUAUUGGAGGGAAAGAAGAAAAAUACAAGAAAUUACUGAGUUCUUACUUGGAUAAGAUGGACUACAAAGAGAGUGAUAUAGAUGAGUCAUUGAGAAAGUUCUUGUAAACAUUCAGAUUAGCAGGUGUUGACUCAUAAGUUGUGCUCAGAAUAUUGGAGUAAUUCUCUCAUAGAUUUUUUGAAAACGAUAAAAAAGGUAUUUUCUUCAGCAAAGGAGAAGCCUAUGAAUUCGCUUAUUUAAUCAUAGUUCUGCAAACAUGCCAGCAUAAUCCAUCAGUCAAAUAAAAAACAGACAUUAAAGCCUUUAUUGAAUCAGCUGAUUUAGCCUGUCCUAAAUCCAAAGAUAAGUUUGAUCCUGCAUUUAUAGAUUACAUCUACAACUCUGUUACUAAUAAUGCAUUCUACACUCCGAAUUCUAGGUCUUUGAUUGACGAAAAUUUCAAUCAAUAUAAUCUCAACGAAAUUCAGAUCAGACUGAGCAAGUGCAACUCUCUGGAUUAAAAAAUAAGCGAAAAUGAGUUCAUAAAUUCUGCUGAUCUAGCUUAAAAACAAAUUUUCAACUACUCAAAUUCUACAGAAGUACCUCAGAAUUUGAUUUUGCUUGGUGUUAAGCACUUAGUCUUUUAUCUCACUUAAAAGUUCGUAAAAUACAACUUAGUUACUAAUGCCUCUACUAUUACACAAGAUACCAAAGAAGCCACAAUCAAAAAGUUUGAUAUACUAGAAAACCUAGCUUAGAUUAAUAAAACUUUCAAAAACUAUGAUAGCGUAGAUAGAAUAUUCCAAGUUAUAUACAAAGUAAUCCAUCACACACAAAAUGAACAGCUUUAUUCCAGAUUGGAUGAUUUACUGUGGGGUAACUUUGACUGUAUAAAGAGAUCACUAGUUUUAUUGCCAAAGCUUUCGAUGCAAUCAUUUAUGAGGGACCAAAUAAAGGAUUCUCUUUAGUAAUCAUUUACAUCUGUAAUGAGACUUCUCUAAUAUCAUCACUAAGAAAAGAGAAAAUAAAAAUAAGCGAAGCUGAAUCAUCAUGAAAAAAAUGCACCUCAAAAAGCAGCUUCAUUCUUUGACCUCGUAUAUAAUUACUUUACGGAUAAUAAUGAGGAUUAAUCGCUAGAUGAUAAAAAUGAUCAAGCAGAGAUAGAUGCUGUUGUAUCUAUCAGGAAAAAGAUAUUAAUGGAAGACAAGGAGGGUGAUUAUAUGGAGUAAAUUGAGGAAAAAUUUGACGACAAGACUGGAUAAUAAAGAGUAAAAGAAAAGACAAGGAUAUAAGAGUUGAUCACUUUAGUAUGCGCAUGCAUUAGAGAAAAUCUAAAUCAAGAAGAGGGAAUAUUAUGCCUUGCCUUUUUAGAGCACCUUAUUGCCCAAUCAGAUCAAAAUCUUGAAACUUAGGAAAAGAUAUGGGUAGAAUUGCAUUUGCUAUUAAACAUGUGCUUGAAAAAUAAGCCAUUGGAUUUACUGUCUGUUUCAAGUGUCUCUUCAUUAAAAGAGGAAAGAAAGCAAGAAUAUGAAGUAAUUUCUACAAACACCUCUUAAGAUUCUAUUGAUUCUAGUUCAGCCUAAAAUGAUCUGGACUUCUUUGUUAAAGAAUCAUGCCAGAUUAAGACUAAAAUUAAUGAGACUAUCACUCGUCACUUGAUUCUUGCUCUACAUUUGAAAUCAAGCAAAAAAUUGAUUGAUAUGAAACAAGAUAAUUAGCACAUCAUUAGAGAUGCUUAGAGACUUAUAAGUUUUAUAAUUGAAAGUGACCUUUAAGACAAGACUCUAGAAAAUAUGGGUACUUUUGACGAUAUGUUCUUGUUUAAUUAGCUCCAUAUAUUCUCUAAAGAUUCUAUGUCAUUUAAGAAAUAUCAAAAGUUGUCUAAAUUAAUUAGACUAAAACUCAUCUUGCUUUUAAGAAGUGUAACUAAAAAGCUGGAUGACGAUUAAGAGAGUCAUAAAUUGAGCUUGAAGAAAUUUGCCUACUUUAACACAGUCUCAUAAUUACUUGGAGAAUUCUCUUCUUAAUUGCCAUAUGACUAAAUCUAACUAGCUAUUGAGAUUUUCGAAAAAUUGCAUGUUCCAAACACAAAAUCAUAGCAUACUCAACAACUUUUAGAAAAUGCAAUUUAGGUCAUCGAUAAUCUAGGACUUGCUCUUCAAAGGCAAAUUCUCAUCAAUGAAGAAAAUAAACUUGAGAUCUGGUUCAAACUCAUCUAAACUCUUUAAGAAAAGAUACUUUACAAUCAAGUUACAAAAAGACAUGAAAUUGUUGCUAUUCAAGGAUUUAAUGUUGUCAAGAAUCUCGUUCUUAAUCAUCCAUUCGAUAUUGAUACUAAGAAUUUCACUUACAUUCGUAGACUCUUUGCUGAUAUCUUAUUCUGGUAGACUUUUGAAAAUCUUAGUUAAGAAAUACCCCCAUCAAAUGCGAUAGGCUCUUAAUCCAGCAAAGCAAUUGAGGAAGUUAAAAAGUAAUCAUCAACUGCUGUCGCGCUUAAUAAUGAUGACUCAGAUGAAGAAUUUGAUGAGAAUAUUGAAUCCCAACUAGAGGCUACUUGCUAAUUCUGCGUAAACAAUCUAUCAGAUAUUUUCAUCUACUAUAUCUCAAUAAUCUUCAGAGACCCAUUAGUUGCACAUUAGCCUGACAGAGCUAACUCAGAAAACCCUGAUGAAUCUUCAUAGAAACUCUUCUCUUAUCUUUGGUUGAACUUAUUAAAAGUGCUUCUGCACUACGGUGAAAAAUCUCACACUAAGGAUUUCUAAGGACUUAUUCAUAGUAUCCAUGAUAAUAUAAAAAGAGUAAUAGAGUUCCUUAUAUAGUAAGGCAUUUUGAGGGACGACUCUCCAAACUAGGAUAUGCAAAAAUUAUGGAAAACCUCUUGGGAAAUUAUUGGUGCAUUCUUCGUUGACAUGAAAAUUCAAGUUCUUGGACCUAACUACAAGGAAAACAUUUGA